AUGGGGAUAUCUUUUUCUUGUCCAUUUUCCAAAUUUGAUGAUUUGGACAGUCAAUUGGAGUCUGUUUUAGUUAGGUCGAUUAGUUUUGGGGGUGAUGAUGAGAGGAUGGCAUUGCGGUCCGUUAGUUUUAAUGGCCGAGAUUCAGAGCCUGUGAUGAUGAAAUCACUUGGUUCCAGAAAGAUGAUACUGGAAGGGUCUAUUAGCUUCAAAGGGAGGGAACUAGAGACCACAGUAACAUUUAAAUCUCCUUCCUCAGAUAUGGAAGAUAAUGUAAUUGUUCGGACACCCAGCCGUGUGAGCACAGACAUCCUUGACCAAUUGCCAAUUGCAGAUAGCGUGCCAGAUAAAAACCUCCCAAUUCCAUUGUUGGAGUCAUCAGAUCAAAGACAUCAGGCUGCAGUAACGUUGCAGAAAACAUACAAAAGUUUCCGAACCAGAAGACAACUGGCGGAUUGUGCAGUUUUAGUCGAGCAGAGAUGGUGGAAGUUAUUGGAUUUUGCUGAACUCAAGCGCAGUUCCAUAUCAUUUUUUGACAUUGAUAAACCUGAAACUGCUGUAUCGCGUUGGUCAAGAGCCAGAACCAGAGCUGCCAAGGUGGGGAAAGGUUUGUCAAAGGACGAGAAGGCACGCAAACUUGCUUUACAGCACUGGCUUGAGGCAAUAGAUCCACGACAUCGUUAUGGUCAUAAUCUUCAAUUCUACUAUGCUAAAUGGCUCCAUUGUGAGAGUAAACAACCAUUCUUCUAUUGGCUUGACAUCGGAGAAGGUAAAGAAGUAAAUGUUGAAAGAUGUCCUCGAUCAAAGCUUCAACAACAAUGCAUCAAGUAUCUUGGUCUGGUGAGCUUCAUCUUCAUUCAUAGUGAUUUGGUCGAGGUAUUUUUGAUAGAGAGAGAGGCUUAUGAAGUUGAAGUGGAGGAUGGUAAGUUUAUUUACAGGCAGAGUGGGGAGCUUAUUGAUACCAGGGGAGGACCUGAAGAAGCAAAGUGGAUCUUUGUACUCAGUGUGUCCAAGACCUUGUAUGUUGGGCAGAAGAAGAAAGGCACAUUUCAACAUUCAAGCUUCUUGGCUGGUGGAGCCACAUUGUCUGCUGGGAGACUAGUAGUGGAAGGCGGUGUUCUGAAGGCGGUUUGGCCUCACAGUGGACAUUAUCUCCCUACGGAAGAAAAUUUCGAGGCAUUCAUGUUGUUCCUUGAGGAACACAAUGUAGAUCUCAGUAUUGUCCAGAGAAGCUCAAGAGACGAGGAAAAAGCAGCCUUUGCCAAAUGUGCUAGUGUCUCUAGCCUGCGAAAUAGCUUAUCAAAACCAGGUUUUACUGAAUCCACUGAAGAAAGCAAUGCCACAAGCUUGGACAGAGAGAAAACUAAUUCAAGAAACCAAGAUUGCAACGAUGUGGAAUGUUUGCAUCCACCCUUGCCAAGGUUAUCUAGAGGACUGGGUUCAAAGAUAACUCCACUAGAAAUACCAACAAGGGAAAAUGUGGCAGAGAUGUUCGAGAAGGAAGAACAACGGGAACCAAGUGGCUAUGAAACAGCUGAGGAAUAUUUAUCGGAUGUAGAGGUUAUGGUUUCCAAACAGGGCUUGUUCAAUAAAGAUCAAGAGGAAGAUUACGAAGAGCCUAUCCCAAAAGAAAAGAUCAUCAAGAGAAUAAAUUCACACAAAGGAAUGAAGUCAUAUCAGUUAGCUCAGCAAUUAUCUUGCAGGUGGACAACAGGAGCUGGGCCUCGGAUUGGAUGCGUAAGGGACUACCCUUCAGAGCUCCAAUCUCGGGUUUUAGAGGAAGUGAACUUGUCUCCAAGAAAGGCUUUUCCCUCUCCCCAGGGAUCAUCCACGUUUAGUCCUAGGGUUCUGACUCCUACCAACUUGUGCAGAGAAACGAAAGAGAGAAGUCCACUUGCAUUGCAGCAAGUGAUAUUGUAACAAACAUCAAAAACCAUAGUAGUUAUACAGAUGUAAGCAAAAGUUUUUGACUGAUAACUAUCUUGUGUUGAAGUAUGCAGGAUUCUCCACAAGUUCUUUUGCAUUCUUU